CAGACACUUGCAAGAUGUGACCGCUGUAUGUCGCAGUGCAAUGUCGGUGGGUCUGAAAGCAGUCCGAUUGACCACGUUGCUGCGUAACUUCGGGCUGUGCCCCGUGGAAGUCUCCAAGCAGGAGGGCAAAUCUGCGAUCUUGUCCCUGCGGGCUGCCUACAGGGAGAGGGCGAAGGUGCAUCAUCCUGACUUGAUGCCGCAGGAGAAGAAGGCGGAAGCCGAGGUGCAUUUCAGCAAGCUGAGCACGGAGUUUCACGAGGCCGGGGGACUCCAAGGAACACUCAGAGAUCUCGUGGAUCGUUGGCCCAGAGCGGAUCUCUGAACCCCAAGAGCUACAGUGGCUCAAGGAGCACGAGCGUGCCUGAGCGUGCCUGAGCGUGCCUGUCCUCCGUCAUGAAGCGCCCCUGCACACAAGCUUCUGUCUCUGCGAAGAGACCCGCUCAUUCUGCGGUCAAUUUUUUCCUUCUGUUAAGUUCAAGCCAAGGCCAGGGGUGAAGCAGCCGGGCAGUCCCGAAAGCUGCAUGAAAGUCCGCUUCUGCACGGACUCCGGUGAUUUCAGUGGGCCUUUCGAGCAGAACUUGGGCAACAAUAAGUUGGAGGAGGAUUUCACCACACAUUGGAAUACAGAGCUACGCUGCCGCCACAUGGACUUGCACGACACCUUGCCAGCCGAACGCCUUCAGGACAAGACAGACGACGACUUUCUUGUCAUUGCCAAGGCCAAGUUCUGGGUGGUGCACGUGAGCCGUCUUCACAACUUUGGGGACACACUGUACGCACUUGAUGCGCCUGGGCUGUGUGGGCUUCAAACACCAAGGCGGUAUCGGCGAUGGUGGUUUGAACGAAAGCCCCGGCAACAUAGUCUGCGUCACUGACGUCGACCUUUGCGACCGGGAAUACUUCGGGGGGCAUGGCUAUGGGCGUGGACCUAGUACAACGCAUUUUGGACAACUUCGCAUGUUCCUGCGACACGCGCGUGGUCAUCAAACCACGGUUGCCGCAGUGGCAGAGCUUCCUCGGACACCACAACUGUGCAAAGCCCGAAAGGGCAUUGUUUGAAAGCGAUCUGAAGAAGCAGCGCAGCCUUUGGACGGCCAUGGGCUUCAAGCGCGUACUAUGGCCGCCGUCCGGCCUUGCAGCACCCCCCACAUGCGGCGGUUCUGCAAGUUUGCUCGUGCAUCCGAAGUCUGAGGGAGCCCAGUACAAGGAGCUCAGCCUGGAAGAAGAUAUUGUCUUCUUCGUGCAGGCUGAAUACAAGAACUACG